CUAUGCCCAAACACCCCCUUCACAACGAUCCGAUGCCGGUGGAGCGCGUGGAGGCGCAUCAAAAAGCUCCGGUGCGGGUCCAUCCCGCCCUUCAUAUCCCUCCUUAACGGAAGCCGAGCGCAACAACGAAAACGCGGCUUGGGUGACACCCCAAAUGGUUGAUAGCGAUCAAGACGUGUUGGAACGAAUCAAGCAUAUUGUUGGCGGACAUUUCACGGGGGGGAUUGGGGGUGUUACACAGAUGUUGACCCCGGUGUCAAUGAACUUUGGUGGAAACUGUUCAAGGCGAAGUAUCAGGCACAGUUAGAGAAGAAACGUGUCGAGCUGGGCCUGACUGACUCAGAUAUUGAACUCGAUGAAAGUCAGGAUGAUGAGGCGAUGCUGGAGGCUGCCGGGGUUUAUAAGGGCCGGGUUCCGUGCAUAGGUGCCGAAGGUGUACGGAUUUUGCGCGACUCUAGAGGAGGAGCAACUAGCUCAUCAUCUUCUCGAUAGGGGGUUGAGGAUGCACGUAUUGCCCAACUGGAGCGAGAAUUGGAGGAGCGACGGGCAGAGGACUGAACAACACGAGAAAGGCUUGAAGCGAUAGAACGCCAAAUGCAUUGAUUCAAUGCCCCCACAUAUCGGCCUGAAAUGCAUAUAAUGCACCCCGAGCAGACUCCUCAAAUUCCAUUCAUGAGCAAUAUGGGUUAUCAUUCUAACCCCGGGUUUAGCAUGCCUGCAAUGGGGUCAGUCGGAACUUUUCCAUACGAAAUUUAUAACCAACAAUUUGAGACACCCGGAGGAGGAAGCAGCCGAGGAGGCAGGCGACCCGAAGAGCACGAAGAGCCCGAACAGCCUAAUGAUGAUGAUGUUCUCAUUGAUUUUGAUGAUCCGCAGUAUUAUUACGGAAAUCCCCGGAACAGUUUGUAAUAUUACCUAGAUUGUAAUUACUGUG